ACAUAAAACGGUAUCCGGACAUUUCCCUCCUAAUUAAUAAUAAUUCCUUAUGAGCAAGCAAAAAUGCCACCAAGGGGCUCAAGAAACGCAUCUAAAGAGAAGCACCAGGAGGAAUUAAGCAGGGUAUUCCGAGGACGCAAAAUUACUCUCUUCAUUCAACAAGUUGAGAAAGAAGCGCAAGAACGAAUGAUGGAACUGGAGAGCAGACUUGACAACACACUAGCAAAUAUCGACAGAGUAUUUAAAGUGGAGCUCAUGAAGUUGCCGCCUUCUAUUCGGAACAUGCGUUUUGUGGAUUUGACUGAAGAAUUGUCAGCCAGCGAGGUGUCGUUAGCUGUGCAGCAGCAGGAGUCCCCAGAGAUGAAACAACGGACCCUCGAGAGGGUCCCUAGCACCAAAGGAAAAUCAACACCGCUUCAAGACAGUUUGACUCCAAAGAACUCUGGCAGGACACUCAAGGUGGCAAAAGAAGCAAGGGCCCGUAACCUUACAGCCAGCGGUAUGAGUACAGGAAACCUGAGGACUUUGUCUUCCAUCAAAGGAGGACCCUUGACAAAGUCCAGCGACAGACUGACCCGAAGAAAACUCAGGUCCGUGGUCUCUACGGGAGAGUUGGACUGCGCAAUGGCCGGAUCUGCAGCGCACGUCACUGUAACCACGGGACGUGGACAGACGGUGUCCUUUUCGGAAGCGACCAAGGACGAAAUCAACUUUGACCUGUUGGACGAAGUGGCGUUGCGUCGAAUGCAGGAGCUUUCGGUUAAGUGCUGCCUCAGAAUCUUGUCUUUUCUUGCGGGAACAGGCCAACAUGGUUAAUGCUUUCUGUCUGACUUCACAGAAACUGAUAGAAUAUGUGUCGGGAAGAGGUCGUUGCCACAGAUGAGACUACUUCUAUUUUAAUGUAUAUUGUCUAUUUUUUUAUAGUUGUUAUAAUAAAGGGAAUAAUUAACACAACGGGAUGGAUGUGAAAAGUGGCUACAACUAGACAAAAUAAAGAUAUGUGACUGACAAGUCAUCAGAUCAGGGUGCGUCACCCAAGUGACCUGUCAUGAUGAUGGCGGCUUUAACUUUAAGUGGAAAUUAAAUUUCACGCCACAAAAAUGAUCGCCACCUGGCUUGUUGCAAAACACGACAGUCUUGACGCGUUACGCUGUUGCCACCUCCUGGUCAGUAUUUGAAAUGCAACUUUGGGAACCCUCUAAUUGCCAGUAUCUUGGUGGCGUGACCCAGCGGUGGUGUUUGCCUCGCAACUUUGGGGUCUGGAGUCGGUCCUCAACCCUGGUCACCAUGUCAAAGUGUCCUUGAGCAAGACACUUGACCCCAAUUUGCUCCCAAUGUGAACCUGCCAGUGCCUUGCAUGGCAGCGGCCUGGCAUUGGUGUAUGACUCUGUGAAUGUGAGUUAUUGUAAAGUACUUUGGGCACCAUGUGGUGUUGAUAAAGCAGUAUAUUAACGCAUUCCAUUGACCAAAAAGAGAACACCUUGAAGUGUGAAAUGUCAGUUUAUUUGCAAUGAAAACUAAGCAGAACAUUAGAAAGGCUUUGCACUGUUAAUGACAUAAAUGUCAACUGUCGCUAAGUGUGCGAAACUAAUGCCAAGACUCAAGCAUGUUUGGCCAUCAGCAUGCUGGCAACUGUUUUACCUCAGCAAGUAUCAUUAUCAUCACACCAGGGUGGGUGGAAGCAAAAGAACCAAAAAGCCAAAGCUCUCAUGCAUUGUAUAACAUCUUGUUUUGUUUUAUUGUGUCUGUGUGUAGCCUGUGAUGCGGGGUGUCCAGUCAGUUCCUUUGGCAGGAAUGCUGGACUCAUCAGCCCGGGGAAGGGAAGGGGGUUGGGCUAGGGAAGGGCUGAUUUCGAGGCUUUAUCUUCAUUUCGUCUUGGAUUUGGGCUCCAGUGGUUGACCAAUUUCCUUCCCGCGCAGCUUCAUACCUGCAGAGCAAAUAUCACAAAUGGGCACCGUAUGUCACGCAUCAGAAAAAACAAAAUCUCACAAAGUAGUCAUUGAAAGCGAGGCGAUUAAAAACAAUUUUUAAAAAAUUAUAAAUUUUAAACAAUUCAAAGGGAAAAUAUUUAUGAUUCCUUUAAGAUUAUUUGUGCAAUAAAUAAUCAUUAGUGAUGAAGUGUUAACAAGCACUGUUUACCAAUGGCUCUCUCAAUCUUCCCCAUGACCUGGUUGCUGGGGAUGGCUUUCCCACUUUCAUAGUCGGCAAUCACUUGUGGCUUCUCGUUGAUUUUCUGGACACACAUACAUACACACAAAGGGGUUCUCAUAACCAACUGAAGCACGUGUAAUUUUGGUGUACGUUUUGCAUGGCAUCCUCACAGUGGCGAGGUCCUUCUGGGUCAAUCCUUUCUCCUGGCGGCCUUUCUGGAUCACCUUGCCCACCUCCAAGGGGACCCUAUCGUGAUGCAGCUCCUCGGUCUCACGGUCCAGUUUGGCCGUAUUCUUGCUGACCAGGUGUUGUUUGUUCUGCCCUGCAGCCCCUUGGAGUCAGAGCAGAGCAAACUGUUAUCACGGCAACGCCUUUACAGCACAUUGCAUUUUCAUCAGCAUGGUUAGUUACAUUUCUUGGUGGUCUCCACGUCCUCGCCGCGUCUCUGAGCAGUGGCGAUCGCCUUUAGGAAAAGAUUUUCAAAAUAUUCGCUCAAAAGAUAAAAAUGCAUCUUGAUUGGAUCCUUUUUUUUUUUUUUAGUCAUAGCCAAUGAUUUUUUAUUAUGACACCCAAUAUAGACACGAGUUGGAUCAAAACAGUGCGCAAAUAAGGACGGUGUUUACGUCACACUUGGAGGAGCUAGUGUUGGCUAAAGCUAACUAGAUACAAAUGCACGAACAACACUGUUGGAUAUCAUCAGACACCAUAAUUGUUUCUACAAUUUGCAUUUUAAAUAGUAUAAGUCAGUUGUUUGAAUGUGAAAUGGGAGGCAAGUGGUUCGGUGACAUGGUGGCUAGUGAAAGUUGGCCUGAAUGUUAGCUGGUCUGCCUUUAUUAGCUAAUGUCACCAAGUUACAAAAGCGGCGUGACGAGUUGGACUGGCCCACCUUAAACGUCAAACUAUUACACUCGAACUUUAAACGCGUCACAUUUUCAAGAGUUUGUAUCUUUUUGAGGCCAUUCAUAACACGAUUGUUUUCUUUGUGAUUGUCACGUCCCACGAAGCACUAACUUGCUAGCCAGGCGACUGACGAAAUCGCUAUGGUAUGACGAUUUUAUCGAUCCUUUCCAAAAUGUCUUUCAGGGUUUCGAUGUGACUGUGUGGGCUAAUUAUCCACUAGAAAGAUGCAAAAUGACAUGAUACCUGCUUGGACUUAGCCUGAGCACCGGUCGGCCCCUUCUUCCUCAAAACAGUCACGGUGUCCCAGUCGCUUUCGGCCAUUUUCUUAGCUAUGUGUAAUAUUAAGGCUCAAAAUAUAAAAAUAACGCGGAAAAUGUCGAGUUUUCGAUGCUAUUUGU